UUCGGCUCUUCAUACGCUAAAAUCGAACAUCGACUAAACACUUUCAAUGUCUGCCACCAAGGUCACAGAAGUCUUCUCAUUAUACAAGGCAAAUGCGAUGAGAGUUAUACGACUAAGGAGAACUUGGAAACACAACACUCCCUGAACAAUCUACCUCGAAGAACAAAACACAUCCUCGGAAUGAGUGAACCCACCACCAUAGUAGUCAUCGGGGCCGGUAUAAUCGGCCUCACCACUAGCCUGCGCCUCCUUUCCACGUUGAACCGAGACAAAUUCAGGAUCCUCGUAGUGUCGCGAGAAUGGCCAACGUCAAUUCCUGGGGCGCCGAUCAAACACUCCGUCAACUAUGCUUCCAUGUGGGCAGGAGCACACGUGCGACCGAUCCCCGCGAGUACACCUCAGUUGGCACGAGAGGCUCGUUGGCUGAAAUAUACUGCGCAAGUCUUCGAAGAGCAACUACGCAACACUCCGUCAAUCGGCGUAACCAGAUGCAAAGGUAUCGAGCUCCUCGAGGCGCCACCUGCGGAGUACGAGCAACAAACUGCAGAAUCGUUCUACUCGGAAUCCGGACUGAAGAGUUAUCGGAAAUUCGAUAGUAUGGAGCUUUCAGGAGACGUGCAGUUGGGGUAUGAGUACGACACGUACUGUAUCAACGCGCCAGUAUAUUGCGCCAACCUCCUGCGCUCUUUCAUAGUCCAAGGCGGUCAAUGCAUACAGCGCGAUCUAACGAGCGAGCGCGAGGCGAGCAGCAUUGCGCAAAAUGUUGGCCUGGUGAUUAAUGCUUCAGGAAUGGGAUUUGGCGAUGAGAAAUGCUACCCUAUCCGAGGCCAAACAGUCCUGACAGACUUCUCUGGUGCGACAAAGACGGUAACUAAGCAGUCAAAAGAUGGAUCAUGGAGUUUUAUAAUCCCACGCUUCUUCGACGGGGGCACUGUAAUAGGAGGAACAAAAGAGCCCCGGAACUACGCUAUUGAGCCAUUACUUUCGACUAGAGAAUCACUACUCAGUGAAGGUAGUAAAAUUGCUGGGAUUGCGACAGAUUUAUCGGGCUCUAGCGGUAAUCCGAAGGUGAUUGCUGAUAUCGUAGGUCGUCGGCCGAUGCGUGAGGGAGGAAUGAGAGUUGAGAUUGAGCAGUGUAAUAACACUGCUCGAGAUGCGCAGAAUAUUGGAACUCCCAUAGUUCAUGCCUAUGGUGCUGGUGGCAGAGGUUUCGAGUUAUCGUGGGGUAUCGCAGCGGAAGUUGCUGAUUUGGUCGAGACCGUUCUGGUGGUGAAGGACUCUUUCAUUCCAUCCAAGUUAUAA